AUGGGAUGGGCUCCACCCGAGAGCUUAGCAGCUGCUGAUGACAAUGCCGUUUCUGCUGUUAUGGGCGAGUGCGACUUGAUGAGUCGGAAGGCCAUGAGUGAUGGACCGGACAAUGAAAAAGGCUCUUCAGAGUCAGGAAAGGCAAAGGAAUGUGCCUCAUGCUUUGAUAAGCUCCAUUAUUCUGUGUUCACGGGCGCCUGCGGUCAUGAAUUUUGCCUCGACUGUUCUAGGUAA